GGAACCAAGCAGUGGACAGCCCUGCACUGCUGCUAAGAAGGAAAUUCACCAGAACCAUCCAGAAUGGAGAGUGUCCCAGGAGAUUACAGCAAACGAGUGUACCAAGGCGUGAGAGUGAAGCACACGGUCAAAGAUCUCCUGGCAGAAAAACGAUCCAGGCAGAGUGACUCCAGACUUAACGGCAGUGUCAGCUCCUCCCAGUCUCCCUUCGCCCAGAUGCCAGGUUCGCCGGUCAUGUCAGGUUACUAUGGCGUCAGAAGAUCUUUUUUGUCUGACUCAGACUUCCACAACAGUAAACCGUUUUCAAAUGACAUCUACACCUCCAGCGUGGCGAAGCCCUUUCCCUGCGAGUCCUCGGCAGGACAGAGCCACGCGGCGCUGCUGGAGUCCUACCUGGCGGAGCCCUACGGGGACUACCGCCCGCCCGCCCUGACCCCAAGCCCGGGCUCUCUGUUCAGCGCCUCGCCGCUGCCGCCGCUGCUGCCACCACCCUUUCCCAGCGAGCCGGCUCACUUUGUAUUUAGGGACUCGUGGGAGCAGACAGUGCCUGAUGGCCUCAGCCAGCCGGACCCCAUGCCCGCCGAUGCCCUGCAGACCUUGCUACCCAGCACCAGCUGCCUCUCCCAACUUGAGUCAGGAAGUGCCAUGCAGCACAGGAGCUCCGGCUGGGGGGCCUCCCUUGCAGGCACUCAGUCCUAUUCGCUGCACACACUGGAGGAUCUGCACAACACAUCCGGGUACCCCACACCACCUCCUUACCCCUUUACCCCUUUCAUGACGGUGUCAAAUGACCUACCACCAAAAGUGGUGCCUCUCUCCCCAGAUGAGGGGACAGACCCCUCUUCCCUUCAUGACCCUUCACCUUGGACCAAAGAAGAUGGGAGUGUGACCUGGGGGACAUAUGAAUGCCGCAGAGCUUACUGAGGGUGUGGACCAAAGGACUUCUGUGCUUUUCUUUAAGUUGGGUUCUGUAUUCCACGAAUUGCUUUAGGUGUGCUGGUUCAUUCAGAACUGGAUUAUCAGGACAAGCCAUGAUACCACCUUUGUUAAUGGACGAUGGCAUUUAUUCACAAUCUUCACCAUCAAAAAAACCCCAUUGAAAUACAAUUCAGUGUCAAUUAAAUAUACCAUGGACCAUAUUCUAGUGAGGCAACCUUACAGAGAGGUCAUUUUGGAAAUUUAGUAGCCAAUUCCAUCCUGAAUCUUCCAUUAUCUUUGAAAUGUUGUUUUUGGCACUGAUUUUUUUUUUCUUAAAUUAUGCAGAUCAUAAAACAUAAUGGUUUUCCUAAUUUUUCUUAGUCAUAAGUCAUGUAUAUUAUUUAAUAAAAGAGAAUAGAUAGAAUAUAACAUAGGUUGGGGCACAUAAAGCAAAAUUCACUUUAUACCACAUGACUUUGAAGAGUGAAGUGUUAUAUGCA